AUGUGUGGAACACAAAAUUCCUUAACCCUUAUCAUUCUUCUAACAAUUUCUCAUGUUUCUCUACUCCUAAACUUAGUCAUUGCAGUUAAUCCAAGUGGGUUUAGCAUGAAGAUCAUUCAUAGAGACUCUGUAGAAUCACCUCUAUAUCCAGGCGAUCAUUUAACACAAGAUGAAAGAUUGCAAAGACUCGUCCAACAAUCGAAAGAUCGAGCACGCUACAUUGGAUUACAAAUAUCAAGUUUCAACAAAACAACAAACUCGAUAAACACUGAUAUUGCACGUUUACCACUAGCUUACGAAGUUGGAUCAUUUUAUGUUGCAUUGGUUGGAAUAGGUACUUUUAACUUACCACAACCUUUCAAGAAUUAUUAUUUAAUGGUUGAUACUGCUAGUGAACUUGUAUGGACUCAAUGUGAAGGCGGUGUAUCUUACUUUCGUCAACAGGAACCCUUAUAUCCUGCAACAUCUUCAAGUACAUAUGAACCUCUUCGUUGUAAUAUACAAAGAGGGGAACGUCACCCUCUUUGCGUCCCACUCCCAGAAAGAUGUGUCAACGAAACAUGUACUUACCAAGCACAAUACGCGAGUAGCUCAUCUUCUAUUGGUGUUUUGGCUAAAGAAAAAUUCACUGUAAAUUCAGAUAACGGUGGCCUUCAACCUUUUGAUAUCAUCAUGGGCUGUGGAUUUAAUCAACGGAAUUUCGAUCCACUUAUUGGUUCUGGUUAUAGAAGUGGGAACCCUGAUGUUAUAGCAGGAAUACUUGGUCUAAAUGCAGGACCUCGGUCCUUUCUAAAUCAGUUAGGUCCUGCUGGAGGAAAUAAAUUUGCACACUGCCUGAUGCCAUAUACUAAUGGUACGGCUCCAAGCACGUACUUAAGGUUUGGUGCAGACGCAAGAAUUGGAGGUGGAGGUCAACAAGUAUAUACAACUCCUUUAGUUUCUUAUCGUGAUAACCCAUAUUUUUAUUACUUGAUAUUAGAAGAUAUUAGCGUAGGUGGGAAUAGACUCGGAUUUCACCCAAGGGAUUUCGAGUUUCAGGCGAAUAAUAGAAGAGGCGGUUGUUUGAUAGACUCUGGUUCUCCAAUAACCACAAUGUACGGACCUCACUUUGAUAGAGUUGCGCAAGGGAUUGUGGGAUAUUUUCUGGUCAACCAAGGCAUUAGUCUUGUUCCAGCAGCAUCUCGAAGCUAUUUAAAUUUGUGUUUUAGAAAACCUAGUAUACCUGAUUUUAAAUAUCCAACAAUGACAUUUCACUUUGAAGGUGCUACUUUUUUACUCGACCAACCGGAUACUAUCUUUUCCAUCACCGCUAAUGAUUUUUGUUUAGGUAUUCUUCGAGUGCCAAUUGUAGGUCCAUUUGAUGUCGUUUUUGGAGCAAUGCAACAGGCUCGCAAAAGGAUCGUACAUGAUGUUGGGGAAGGGUCGCUCUUAUUUGCUAAAGAGGAAUGCCAAUUGGGUUCAUAA